AGAGCCAGCGCUCGUCCUCCUACAGCCGCCGCUUCGGCCCCGCCACCUCCAUGCACCGGGUGCCCCCCGCCAGCCCCCCAGUCCGGAGCCACCGGGGACCCCGUGGCACCCACCCGGCCGCCCGGCUGGGCUCGGGCAGGAUGGACUUCUCGCUGGCCACGGCGCUCAACUCGGAGUUCCGGGAGACACGCACCAGCGAGAGGGUGGAGAUGAUGGAGCUCAACGACCGCUUCGCCAGCUACAUCGAGAAGGUGCGGCUGCUGGAGCAGCAGAACAAGGUGCUGGUGCUGGAGCUGAACCAGGCGCGGGACCAGGAGCCCUCCCGCCUGGGGGACGUUUACCAGGAGCAGCUGCGGGUGCUGAGGCUCCACGUGGAGCAGUUGGGCACCGCCAAGGCCCGGCUGGAGAUCGAGAGGGACAACCUGGCCCAGGACCUCAGCAGCCUCCAGCAGAAGCUGCAGGACGAGGUGACCCUGCGGCUGGAGGCCGAGAGCAACCUGGCUGCCUACAGGCAGGACGUGGACAACGGCACCUUGGCUCGCCUGGACCUGGAGCGGCGUGUGGGGACCCUGCAGGACGAGAUCGCCUUCCUGCGCAAGGUCCACGAGGAGGAGCUGCGGGAGCUGCAGGAGCAGCUGUCCCGGCAGCGGGUGCACGUGGAGGUGGACGCCAGCAAACCAGACCUGACGGCCGCCCUGCGCGACAUCCGCAGCCAGUACGAGGCCGUGGCCGCCAGCAACGCCCAGGAGACAGAGCAGUGGUACAAGUCCAAGUUCGCAGACCUGACGGACGCGGCCGCCCGGCAAAACGAGGCCCUGCGCGCGGCCAAGCAGGAGGCCAACGAGUACCGGCGCCAGCUGCAGGCCCUCACCUGCGACCUGGAGGCUCUGAGGGGCUCGAACGAGUCCCUGGAGAGGCAGCUGCGGGAGCUGGAGGAGCGCUACGCCCUGGAGACGGCCGGCUACCAGGACACAGUGGCACGGCUGGAGGAGGACAUCCAGAGCCUCAAGGAGGAGAUGGCCCGGCACCUGCAGGACUACCAGGACCUGCUCAAUGUCAAGCUGGCCCUGGACAUGGAGAUCGCCACGUACCGCAAGCUGCUGGAGGGCGAGGAGAGCAGGAUCACCAUCCCCGUGCAGAGCUUCUCCAACCUGCAGGUCCGAGAGAACAGCCUGGACACCAAAUCUGUGUCAGAAACCCACGUGAAGAGGAGGAUCGUGGUCAAAACUGUGGAGACUCGAGAUGGAGAGGUGCUCAAGGAGUCCAAGCAGGAGCACAAGGAGGGGCCGUAGGGCGGACGAUCCCGAGCUCCGCAGGUCCUGCCCGACGCUUCGAGGGAGCCCCGCGGGCACGGGGGGCGGGAGGAGCCGGCGGUGCCUCGGGGGGCAUCUCCCUCCCCUGCACCCCUCG